GUGUGCAUCACUGUUGUGUCCACAACAUUGUUGUUAGUGCUUGAAUAGACUUUACAAAACGUUUAAACUUUUGUGAAUCAAUACUCUAAAAUGUUUAAAAUACAUUAAAUGUAUACUCUUUUCAAAAGUGGACUAACGGCAGGCAACAAGAGGCUUUAUAUCAUCAUCUUCCUGAUCGGACUUCUGAGCUAUGGGGAUAGUCUGACAUGCUUUGUCAACGAUAAACCGCACAGGUAUAACCCGGAAAAUCAGUUGUGUUGUAAUGGGAUUUACCCAAGAGAACAAAAUGGACAAACGAUGGAAUGCUGUAAUGGCACCAUGUAUGCUAUUCGUUUGCAAAAUUGUUGUGCUGGCAUCGUUUAUAAGCAGGGAAGUAGAUACUUAUGCCGUGGCAACAAACGUAAAGCUCCCAAAUCGCAUAAACACGAUGAUACAAUUAUUGAAAAAAUCGUACACGUCAUUAAAAAAGACAUACUUGAAACAGCCAGUGUAAAGCUGCCAAACCGAAAAGGACCUCCCAUAUGCCCUUCAUGCAUAACAGGAAUCCACAGCGGACCUGCGGAGAGUAAGAGGAGAAAUAAAUUAAAUAUCCAUCUCGGGAAGAUUGAAAAGAGGCCACGCGGCCGGUUGCGGCUGCAUGUCACAGUGACCCGCCCAAAACGGUAUGCAGGGAGGAAAAUGACCCUCAAAACACGGAGUGUUUGCCGGGAAUGUUUCAAAAGUGGCGUUGACUACGUCAUAUUAACGAACCAAUGGCUGCAUUCUUUACCAGAAAAGUCAAGACUUACCGGAAUGGAUGUUAUAGUCCAAAAAUAUCAAUUUUCAUUAUUUUCCUGCACAAUCGACCGUUGGACAAAGACCUUGUGAAGAUUAUUUUGUCUUAGACGACAAAACAUAAAAUUUGGUUUUGAUAAUUUUAUCUCAAAAUGUGAAGAAAAUUGUCCACCUACAUGUCAGAUCAUUGACACUGUCUCAUUAAUAUAUUAAUCUAUGAAAUAGUGAGAUAUAUCAUCCAAACAAAAACUGCAUUGAAUUUAAUUCAUAAUUUUUACUUAAUAGUGCAGUUUUUAAAACGGCAUUUAUUAAAUACACAACGUUAUUACAGAGCUCCAGAUAAGGUUUUGUGAAAUUCUGAACGUUACUACCAGAUUUUCAGAAACAAUUCUGAACUCUAAAAUUUUAUUCUUAACGUUCCUACUAAGUUUUUGAAAAAACUUCUUAACUUUUCAAAAUGAACAGAAAAUAAAUAAGAAUGGUUAUUUUCAUGCAAAUAAGCAAAAUAAACUUCCGAGCAACUUUAAAUAUUUAUUUAGUGUCUAUUCAGUAUUAUACAAUGUUAUUUUUUUCAAAUACCUUCCUAUGCCCCAACUGUGCUUAUAUUGCAUGCCUUCAAUGAAUUUUUACAAAAUUUCACAAUUAAAACGGGUCUCCCCUUCAAUCUUUUCAACGAUUAGCCACGGGCAUUGUCUCUUCCACUUGUUCAAUGUUUUAUUUUGUAUAAGUUUGGACCCGUCGUGUCGCGUUUUGUUUUAGCUUUUCUGACUGUGUUGGCAACUGAACAUACAACAUCGUAUAAGAUCUUUUCUGUAAUGUUUUUCUUAACAUUCAACUUCGGUUCACUUUGCGUUAAAUAUGUUAAUAGCGUGAUUUUGCACGCUUUGCAGUUUUCUUAGGACGCUCUCUGGGCGCCGCCAUUGUUUUUUUGGCAGAUACAUGAAGACUGUACACGCCGCUUUUAUUGGAAAAAUGCGCUUUGUUAAAUAAACCCGAUAACCAUUCUAUAUAAGCACCGAAAAGAUAUUUAAUACGCGGAAAGAAAUCAAUAAAAAUGGAUACGAACCAAUGUAAAAAUAAUAUUCGUAACUUGAUUCUGUAAUGUUUAAUGGUACGACAAGAUUUUAAAAUUAAUACGUAUCGGACUUGAAAAUAAUUCGUAAUUACGAAAAUACGAUCCUUAUCUGGAGCUCUGGUUAUUAGAUACCAUCAACAUUCCACGUGUUUAGUUGUGUUGUUCGUCAAAAAUGUGUUUAUUUAUAAGAGUGAACAUAGGUUUGAUAUUAAAUAUAUUUUCUACAAUUGCGCAUUUGCGGAUUGUUACAUACAUUGUAAGGGCAUUUUAUAUCCAUAGAAUAGGGCUUAUCUCGUUACUUUUACCAAAAACAGGUUUAUGGCAAGCGGUU